AAAUACUAUUCCAGCUGCGUUGGGGUAGAGGAGCACCAUGCUGUUGACAUUGAUCUAUACCAUUGUCCCAACUGUGCAAUUCUUCAUGGGCCUUCUCUAAUGAAGAAGAGGAGGAACUGGCACAGACACGACUACACAGAGUUGGAUGAUGGUUCCAAACCGGUGCAGGCUGGAACACGGACCUUCGUUAAACAGCUGCGGGCUCGCUCUUUCCCAAGUGCUGAUGAAGUCAUUUUGAAAAUGCAUGGAAGCCAGCUGACACAAAGAUACUUGGAGAAACAUGGGUUUGAUGUUCCCAUUAUGGUUCCUAAAUUAGAUGGUCUGGGGCUCAGACUUCCUCCGCCAACUUUCUCUGUUUUAGAUGUGGAACGCUAUGUAGGUGGUGACAAAGUGAUAGAUGUAAUAGAUGUAGCAAGACAAGCAGACAGUAAAAUGAAGCUCCAUAAUUAUAUUAAAUAUUUCACAAAUCCUGACCGACCAAAAGUAUUGAAUGUGAUCAGCCUGGAAUUCUCGGACACAAAGAUGUCUGAAUUAGUGGAAGUACCAGAUAUUGCCAGAAAGCUUUCAUGGGUGGAAAAUUAUUGGCCAGAUGAUUCUGUCUUCCCUAAGCCUUUUGUUCAGAAGUAUUGCUUGAUGGGUGUCCAGGACAGCUAUACUGAUUUUCAUAUUGAUUUUGGAGGAACAUCAGUCUGGUACCAUGUUCUCUGGGGUGAGAAGAUAUUCUACUUGAUCAAGCCCACUGAUGAAAAUUUGGCUCUGUAUGAGUCUUGGAGUUCAUCUGUCACCCAGAGUGAAGUAUAUUUUGGGGACAAGGUUGACAAAUGUUAUAAAUGUGUUGUGAAGCAAGGACACACUUUAUUUGUUCCAACAGGCUGGAUUCAUGCUGUGCUCACAUCUCAGGAUUGUAUGGCUUUUGGAGGAAACUUUUUGCACAACCUCAAUAUUGGCAUGCAGCUCAGGUGUUAUGAAAUGGAGAAGAGGCUAAAAACCCCAGAUCUUUUCAAAUUUCCGUUCUUUGAAGCCAUCUGUUGGUUUGUGGCCAAAAACUUGCUGGAAACAUUGAAAGAACUGAGGGAAGAUGGUUUCCAGCCUCCAAGCUAUUUAGUGCAAGGAGUGAAGGCUUUACUUACUGCUUUAAAAUUAUGGAUGAAAAAAGAACUUGUAACAGAACAUGCCUUUGAAAUUCCAGACAACAUUAGGCCUGGGCAUCUCAUAAAAGAGCUCUCAAAAGUGAUUCGUUCUGUAGAGGAGGAAAACAGCAAACUAGUUAAAACUCAGGGAAUUCUUGGUGUGUGUACAACUUCACGGUCUUCGCAUGAAACAACUUCCCCUCACCACUCCAGACGAAGGGUGAGGAAACUGCGAGACCAUGCUACCAAAACUCCUUCUAAUCUGGACAUCCUGGAACUCCACACCAGGGAGGUACUGAAAAGGCUGGAGAUGUCACCGUGGGAGGAGGAUACCGCAAGUUCAAAAUUGAACGGGAGAUUUAACAAGCCCUUUCAGCCAUCUUCUACAGUACCUGAAUGGCGAACAAAAGACAAUGACCUUCGCCUUCUACUGUCAAAUGGAAGAAUAAUUAGAGAUGAGAGACGCCCAUUUACAGAUCGAAGUCUUUACACAGCAGAUAGUGAAGAUGAAGAUGACAGGACAAGGUCGAAAAAGACUGUUAAGGUAGAAGACCAGCCCUCAGGAUUUGAAGGAGAAGGGAAUGCAGAUGCCCAGAAACCACUGAACAUGUUCUUUGAAAGUGUGAAAUCAGAACUCAGGAAUGGAUCCUCAGAGUACUCUGAUAUUUCUGAUUCAGAAGAAUCUGAGCCUGAUUGCACUACACAGCAGAAGGAUUCCUCCACAGAGGAGUCAGAAAGCUCAGGUGAUGAAGAGAAACAGGAAGUAACAUCAAAUUUCAAAGAGGAAUCUAAGGUCACGAGAGACCUUUGUCAAAAUAUCCAGAAGCCAUCCAGAAAUGAAACUCCCAGUAAAAAGGAAUGUCCUACCUCGACAAGUACAGAAGAAGAAGCUAUUCAGGGCAUGCUUUCUAUGGCAGGAUUGCACUAUACUACAUGUUUACCACGUCACACUCAAAGCACAGACUGCACAGAUAAAAGAACCUCUCUUCAGGAACACAGAAGCUACCCCAGGAGUCGGCAUAAAGACAGACAGCCAUCUCAGAGCCACAAAACAAUAGAAUGUGGUAGGUCUGUGAAGGAAGAGGAAAGAGACCUGGGGACUUCAGCAUGGGCUAGACACCUGAAUGAAGCUUCAAGGAUUACCCCUCAGGAUGCAAGUAAAAGUCAAAAAUAUAUCAAGAAAGAGGGUGCAUCAGAAGCCAAUCAUAAGGUUCAGGACAACAGAAGUAUAGUCCACAACAACGGCUUGAGUUUUCAGCAUGGCAAGUAUACACGAGACUCCAAUCUAAUUCAAGGAGAAUGUCGGCUGAGUGAUGGCAGUCUUAGCCCUGACAGGCCGUAUGGUGAAACAUCCUUGUCUGUACCACUUCAUCCAACAAAGAGGCCAGCAUCAAAUCCACCCCCUAUCAGCAACCAGGCGACAAAAGGCAAACGUCCAAAGAAAGGAAUGGCAACUGCUAAACAGCGCCUCGGGAAGAUCUUGAAGCUGAACCGGAAUGGCCAUGCACGCUUCUUUGUUUAAUGUAGCUGCUACUUCUACUACUGCUGUCUUUCCUACACAGACCAGUAUUGAGGUCAACAGAGCCUGGAGCUGCUGUUAUUCCUCUGCUUGAAGCAGACUUGCAUGUACCAUAUAAAACACUGCCUGAUGAACAAAAAUGAGAAAGAAAAAAAAAAA